GAGUGGCGCUGGGUAAGCACAGCAUGCAGAGCCACUCCGCAUUGGCUUCCAGCAAACCCUAGGUCGAAAGUCCUGGACACUAUCAAAUGUUUCAAUGUCAAAACCAGAUAAAGAUUUGCAAGGGCAACCGAGACCAAAUUAGAUGUGCUUAUACAUCAGACUGCAUUCAAAAGCAUCGACCAGAGCAAUAUGCGUGGUGUGGUGUUGAAGGUGGUGCUCGGUUUGACAGUAAUUCCAGUUCGAGGGGCUCUACCACCCACUUCUCAACUCAGAGCACGAACAUGAAUAUUUAUGAGGAGACACAGCUGCUGGAGUUAAAAGCACAAAGACUGUUUAAGUCAGUGCAGUGCUGUGCUCUUCGCAAAAGCUUGCCUCAGCAAAAGCUUGCCACCUAUACCCCAAUGGCAGAUCUAAACCAAGGAAACCCACUCUUCAGAAAUAAAGGUUCAUAGUUCUGAUGGACACUUGAAAGAGGCUGCCAUCUUCUGCUGUGAAGAGCCACGUAAAUUCCCUGUGCACCUCCAGCUUCAUCGAGAUGACACCCAGAGCUUAGUCCAUAUCUACAGGGGAGGCACUUACAGAGGAUGAGUCAACCCGUAUCUACAGGGGAGGCACUUAGAGGAUGAGUCAAAUAAGCUUGAGGCUCUGGGCUCUCCAUCGGCCCCACCCUCGGAACCUGCAACCCAGGACAUGCCCUUCUCGGGGUUGCUACUAGAUUAGAGAGAGGACGGCCUGCAAAUAGACAAUUGGUGGUCAUGAAAUGGCAAAGCCUUGGGGAGUUGCAGCAGGGAGGGUUGCCUGCCCUGUACACUUUGAGUCAUAUGACAUUCAUCCAAUUCAUUUAUUCAUUCAUUCAGCAAAUGCAGCUCAAAAGGCCAGGCACAUGCUGAGUACUGUCCUAGGUACCAACUCUCACCCUUCAAAAUGGAAAACAACAAACCACACAUAAUUGUGCACUUA